AAAACUCUUCUCUCUCUCAAGAUUUAUGUUUUUGUAACUCAGACUCGCCAAAAAAACCAAUCUUAGAUCUGUCCAUAAUGAUGAUGUUCAAGAGCGGUGACAUGGAUUACACCCAGAAAAUGAAAAGAUGUCACGAAUACGUAGAAGCUCUCGAAGAAGAACAAAAAAAGAUUCAAGUCUUCCAACGUGAACUCCCUUUAUGUUUAGAACUUGUAACCCAAGCUAUCGAGUCAUGUCGGAAGGAGCUAUCGGAAUCGUCGGAACAUGUUGGCGGCCAAUCAGAGUGUUCUGAGCGGACGACGAGUGAGUGCGGCGGCGGUGGCGGUGCCGUGUUUGAAGAGUUUAUUCCGAUUAAGUGGAGUUCUUCUUCAUCUGAUGAAACCGAUAAAGAUGAAGAAGCUGAGAAUAACGGUGGUGAUAAGAAGAAAUCGGAUUGGCUUAGAUCUGUUCAAUUAUGGAACCAAUCACCAGAUACAAAACCUAAAGAGGAUCAUGUCAUUAAUAAGAAGAUAAACGUAAUUGAGGUCAAACGCAACGCUGGUGCGUUUCAACCGUUUCAAAAGGAGAAACCUAAGGCUGCAGAUUCUCUACCGCUAAAAACAAUCACUCCGACGUCGACGACGACAUCUAGUUCCACGGCGGAAACAGUCGGAGGUAAAAGUGAGUUUGAGGAGCAGAAACAAUCUCAUUCGAAUCGGAAGCAAAGACGUUGCUGGUCGCCGGAGUUACACCGGAGAUUCUUGCACGCGCUUCAACAACUUGGUGGAUCACAUGUUGCUACACCUAAGCAGAUUAGAGAUCUCAUGAAGGUCGAUGGUUUAACUAAUGACGAAGUUAAAAGCCAUUUACAGAAAUAUAGAUUGCACACAAGAAGACCAGCUACUCCGGUAGUAACAAACGGUGGUGAAAAUACACAACAACGGCAAUUCAUGGUGGUGGAAGGAAUUUGGGUGUCGUCGCACGAUACAACGAAUAAUAGAGUUUACGCUCCGGUGGCGGUUCAAUCUUCACUGUCGGGAGAGAGAAGUAGCCGGCGUUGCAAAUCGCCGACAACAUCUUCUUCUACACACACACCACACCGUCUUCCUCUUUCAUAGAUAGUUCACGAUUUGUAUGAAAAUUCGUUUUUCUUCAUAAAUUUGUUUUGUAACUAAGAAUGUUCGUUGGAGGUUUAAGAUUUUUGAAUAAAUUUGUAACGAUAGAGAUUCAUUACACACAAUUGAAUAAAGUAAGAGUUUUGAU